AUGAUUCGUCGAGUUCGUCAGCGCACGAAAAGGAAGGUCGCCAUCGUAGGCGCAGCAAAAGUAGCGGCAAAAGCUAUCGACAACAGAGAAAUUCAAGUGUCAGUGAAACAACAGAUUCAUCUAGGUAAUUAUAUUAUGGAUUUUGUCAUUUUAACAAUUUUAUAGUGUCAAAUUCAAUCUUUUCAUGCUAUCUGCGUAUAUUUUCCAUUGAUACUAUUACUUAUUACCAAAUUAAAUAGGCACAGCGAAGAUGAAAACCCGAAGGGGAGUCGCAGAUAUCGUUCACAAAGCCUCAUAGAACAGAAAAAGAAGACACGUGGCCAAAGUAGUCGCCGUUCUCGGAAGAAAUCACGAUCUAGGACUCGUUCACGCAGUCGGUCAAGACAGCGCAGUCGGUCAAGACAGCGCAGUCGGUCAAGACAGCGCAGUCGGUCAAGACAGCGCAACCGGUCAAGACAGCGCAGUCGGUCAAGACAGCACAGCCGGUCAAGACAGCGCAGCCGGUCAAGACAGCGCAACCAGUCAAGACAGCGCAACCGGUCAAGACAGCGCAGCCGGUCAAGACAGUGCAGUCGGCGCAGGCGAAAAUCAUCGAGUUCCAGUCAGAAUGGUGGUAUAG